AUGGGAUUACCAGAUUGUGAUAGACAGGAUGCUUCACAAGCAAAGAAAAAAGGACGGCGGAGUAGUGGCACACGCUCGAAGAAACGUCUUGGUACUGAAUCAGGAGGUGGUGUAAAGAGUGAACAACGUUGUAUCGCAAAUGUGCGAGAACGCAUGCGAACACAAGCAUUGAACGAAUCAUUUGCGAAACUGCGCAAAAUAAUUCCAACUCUACCGUCAGAUAAGUUAUCAAAAAUUCAAACUUUGCGCUUGGCAACGCGCUACAUAGAUUUCCUGUGUCAAGUGCUGGGAAACGAUGAAAAACAUCCGAACUCAGGAUCCAGUAGCUGCUUUUUGGCGCAUGAACGAUUGAGCUAUGCGUUUAGUGUUUGGAGAAUGGAAGGUGCGUGGUUUCAAGGAGAAUGA